CCCUCCAAGCCAGCCUCGCCCUCCCACCGCGCAACUGUCCAGCCUGAACCCGCCCGCGCCCACCGCCCCUGCGAACGGGUGCCUGCAUCCACGAUGGGAAAUGAAGCUAGUUACCCGACGGAGAUGUGUUCCCACUUCAACCACGAUGAAAUUAAAAGGCUGAGCAAGAGGUUUAAGAAGCUGGACUUGGACUGUUCGGGCUCUCUGAGCGUGGACGAGUUCUUGUCCCUGCCCGAGCUGCGGCAGAACCCGUUGGUGCAGCGAGUGAUCGACGUCUUCGACACCGACGGCAAUGGAGAGGUGGACUUUGAGGAGUUCGUCGUGGGGACCUCCCAGUUCAGCGUCAGGGGGGACGAGGAGCAGAAGUUGAGGUUUGCCUUCAGCAUCUACGACAUGGAUAAAGACGGCUACAUUUCCAACGGGGAGCUGUUCCAGGUGCUGAAGAUGAUGGUGAGGAACAACCUGCAAGACUGGCAGUUACAGCAGAUCGUGGACAAAACUAUCAUCAUCCUGGACAGGGAUGGCGACGGGAGAAUAUCCUUCGAGGAAUUCAGUGCCGUGGUCGGAAACCUGGAGGUCCACAAGAAGUUGGUGGUAACUGUGUGAGCCUUUUUUUAAGAGCACCACCCACCAACUCUCACUUAACCUGUCUCUGUCUCUCUUGACUUAUUUGGAAGUGUUUCUCUUUGUGAAGCCACAUUGUCUAACGUGAACCUCAUGACCAGCUCGGUGUUAUUAAUUCUUCUCUCAGUGCUUCAGGGUAACACCCCAGAGGAGCGUGGUGGGGAAAGAAAAACAAAUGGCUUUUAUAAACGUCUUUUGCUUUGCUUUGAUCCAGAAACCAAACUAUAAAGAGUCAAGAAGAAGUUGAAAACUUCAAAAAUAAGAAUAUAUACACUUCUUUGCCUCUACUUCUCAUGCUUGUAUAUGGAGAAAACUGCACAAUUUCAGUCAGGUGUUAGGUGAACUACUUUCAUUUAUCUGUGGUAUCCAGGUAUUUUUUGACAGAUUGUUAACUUCCUAUUGUGGCAACAGGAAUAAAUAUAUUUAUCUUGGCUGAGCACCUUUUAAGCAGCUCUCUCUGGACAGGGAAAGCCCAUCCUUCCCUUUCCCAGGCUGCAGCCCCCUUCCCAUCUUCAUCCAGAAAUUCCUGAACAUGUCUGAAGGGCUCCUCCUGUCUCAUUGUUCCAGCUCCUGCCCAGAGGCUGGUCUCAGGGCUCUUGCAAGAAAUACUAACCCUGGACUGAAUGCCCAGCCCAACUAUCAGCCUCAGUGGUGGUCAGUCUUUCAGGAUGGGUGACCCGCCCCCAAUAUUAAGUUUGGUUAAGGUUGCUUCCAGACAGACAGGGCAGGGACCUUCUUAGAAAGCUCUCACCUCCAAAAUUCACCACCACCCGCCAACCCCCAAUUAAAGGGAAGGGGACAGAUUCAGAGUCAUUCUUUCCACAAGGCAGAGUCAGUGAAGAUCUCAGCUGCAGCAGGCUUCCCCUGGGAUGCUGAAGUGGUGUUGCUCCUGGUACUCAAAAGAUGAAGAGAUGGGCAAACAUCUCGGCAGCAGGCAGGGUGAGUGCUGUCUGCACUGACUAAAACUUAGCUUUAAACAUAAGACCUGGGGCCUGGCAGGGAAACUGAGAGAAGGGAGGACUUUUCAUUCCUCACACCCUAAUAAAUCUGCAGCCAAAGGGUGUACCAGAGCCUGUUCACACUGGAUCAGUGUGUAUGCAUCUCUUCCUACCCCUGUGUUCAGUGAUGUCAUGUCGAUAGUUUGAAAUUGGUUGUGGUGGAACUAGUAUAUCACAGGAGCAAAAGGUUUUUGUUUUGUUCUGUUGGAGAACCAUCGUACCAGUAAAUCUACCACUGCCUGUAUCCCAGAUGUUACCAGCUCUCCAAGGCCCCACUUACUGUCAGUUCUCAGAAAACAAGCUGUCCUUGGUCCCAGCAUCUGCCACUUCCCACCAAUCCUCUUCCUCAGAGUGGACACUCCCCCUGGUCUCAAAACACCAGGACAAUGAGACAUACUCUCCCUACACUGGACAAAACUCAGGUGACGUUGCUCAGGAUGAGGAAGAUCUAUUUGAAAGAUAUUAUUAUUCCUAUGUUUUGAAGAAGACAGUAGCUAGUCUUGAAAAAACAAAAGUAAGAAAAAUCCACAAUUUUAAUUACUGUCAGGGCACCCAUCUGCCAAAGGCUCCCCUACUUUUUAUUUAGUAGAUUAUCUUGGAACCACAAAAGAUAGGAUUCUUUGUCCCCUUAAUUCCUGUGCGGUCCUAAUGUAUUAAUGAUUAGUAAAUGGUACCAACCCUGUAGUGUUAUGAGCCAUACCCCCCAUUGCAGGAUAACAUCAUUCAAAGGUUCAGACACAACUGGGUUUGGAUUCAUUUACAACUGGGUUUUUAUGACAGUCACUUAUUAGCUGUGUGAGCAUGAGCAAGUUUCUUAACCUCUCAGUGUCCUUUCUCCUAAUUAAAACAAGGAUCCCUCCUAUGGUUAUUUAGAGGAUUCGAAAAGAUAAAACAUGGUUGUCUCGGUCAGUAGACCAUACGAUUCUUGAUCUAGGUGUUGUAAGUAGGUGUAGAGCCUACUAAAAAAAUAAAUAAAAAUAAAUAAAACAUGUAAAGUGCCUAGAACACAAUGGGUUCAUUCUAAUUCCCUUCCAUUCCAUUCAUGUGUGUGUGUGUGUGUGUGUGUGUGUGUGUGUGUAUGAAACAGGAGGCCUAUUGGUUCUUUUUGAACCCUUACUAAGUACUCAGCCAUACCACUCUAAAAUUAACUGAAUAUUUGUGUAAUCCUAAUCCAGAAAGGAAGCAAUGUCAUAGUCCUUCCCACCCUCUCAUUUGCAGAAGGAACAAAGACUUCUUGACUGGAGAAAGUUAAAAUGAAAGACCCUCAUUCUGAUAAAAAGAUCAGGUCAGAGGUUGCCAGAAGCCCCGAAGGAGAGGAAGAUGGACGGGUGGAGCACAGGGCAUAUUUAGGAGUGCAAAACUGUUCUGUAUGAUACUCUAAUGAUGAAUAUAUGACAUUGCCCAUUUUGGAAAACUCCAUAAAAGGCACGACACAAAGAGUGGGCCUAAUGUAAAUGACGCAAUUUAGUUAACAAUAAACCUAUCAAGUUGGUCCAUCACUUGAAAGAAAUGCACCCCUUGAAGAAGUUACUAACUGAAGCUGUGUAGGCAAGAAGGGAUAUAUGCAAACGUUUUAUACUUUCUACACAUUUCUGUAAACCUGUUCUUCAAAUAGUCUUUUAAAAUGUUUUUUAAAAAAUAAAAGAUUCUCAUUCAAGCCCAA